AUGCCAGCCGUACUCGUCCACACCGCGGCGCAAGCGCCGGCCAUGUCCCGCUCCUCGUCAAGCUCGACCAUCACGCUCGUUUCCACGCCGCACCUCAAAUCUUUCGAACCCUUCGAACCCGAGGUGACAUGCACGACACUGACCGCGGCGGCCAUCAACAAGCCGCUCAAGGCGGCGUUUUCUUCUGCCGUUGCAGAGCUCGAGUCGCCUCUCCGUAUCGUUGGUCUUCUGGCAACCCCAGACUCGGGAUGUAGGAUGUAUGCCGACAUGACAGCGCGCGCGUGCGCGUCUUCAGGCGUCACCUUUCAUCUCCAACAUGCCACUCACUCGUUUGAUGCCGUUGCCGAAACGAUUCAUGCCCUCAACAACGACGACGGCGUCGACGGCCUCAUAGUCUACUUUCCCCUUUUCGAGCCAGACCAAGACGCCAUCCUUCGGUCUCUCAUCUCACCCCGAAUCGACGUCGAAGGCCUCUCGGGUCUCCCCCCCGAUCCCGCACCAUUCGGACUCCAAACCGCCGCGUAUCCAUGUACGGCGCUGGCCGUGGUUCGCGCACUCCAACACCCCACCGCCGCAUUAUACGAUGCCUCUCGUCCCGCCGGCUCCGGAUUCCAGGGCACAAUCACGGUGGUGAAUCGCUCCCCGACCGUCGGACAGCCUCUGGCUCGCAUGCUGGCCGCAGACGGCGCCCGCGUCUUCUCAGUCGACAUCAAUGGCGCCCAGAUGCUUCAUCUACUCAAUGGCGAAAUCGCCAUUUCAUCCCUCGACGCCGCGAUGGAGGACAUGCUGGGUCAAUCGGAUGCAGUCGUCUCGGCCGUGCCAGGAAAUUUCUGCCUCGACACGGCCAGUUUCAAGCCUGGUUGUGUGGCUAUCGAUCUGUCCGAACACGGUAACUUUGGCGCAAAUGUGCGCGAGCGCGCACGUGUCUUCGCACCGCGUAUUGGCGGCGUUACCAUCCUCAUGCUCCAGAUCAACGCACUCGUCCUCCGCCGCCAGAGUCAACCUGCGAGUAAGCUCAAGUGA